AUGGAGCAUACUUCUAUGGUAGAUGCAGCGGCAUCGCCAAUCUCAAGAUUACAAGAACCCUCUUCGCAACCCUACGACCUCAUCUGUGUAGGCUUUGGAAUCAACAGUCUCGCACUCGCCGCAGCAAUCCAGGAGAAUCACUCAUCCUCAAAUGUUCUAUUUCUCGAGCAAAAGUACGAGUUUUCUGCCAAAGAUGUGAUGAAUUCCUCGUCCAAACACAUGGAAACCUCAUUCAUGCAUGAUCUGGCUACAAUGAGGAACCCAACAUCCGAUUUUACAUACUUGAACUAUCUUCAAACACAUGGAAAUUUUGACAAAUUCCUUGAACUUUCGGAUGAAGGAUCACCAGCACCAUUACGAAGCGAUUUCUGCGAAUACCUUUCUUGGGCGGCUGGGCGAUGUGAUGAUACUGUGGAAUUCGGACAGCAAGUGGUUGAGGUGUCUCCUAUCUCAUCGAAUCGCUGGGCGGUAGCAUCAAGAGAUACGAAAUCAGGUCAGAUUCGCGUACUAGCUGCGAAGAAGGUUGUUUUUGGAGAUGGGAAGAAAGCAAGGAUUGCACAGAUAUCUGACGCGGAUGAAAACUCGGGGCAGAACGAAGGAGUUCAGAUGCUCCAAGUCAGCGAUGCAGUGAGGGAAAUUUAUACUGAAGACAAGGUAGAGUCACCCGAUAUGCGAUUCACGACUCUCUGUACGAACACCGUCGAGAUACAUAAUAAGGUCUUCUUGGAAGCCGAGCCUCUUUUCAUCCGGGCUUUGCUGUAA